AGUAAAAUUCGUAUGGCUUUGCUUUCUCAUGGUGAUGUCAGUAUGCUUCUAAGGACAGGGAAGAAUGGAGAACAGGACCCCCUUCACCCCCGACCACCAUCUGGAUCUGUCUGGCUGUGCCUGGGAAUUCUACUCUAACAGGAUUCAUCCUUAACUGGCAAUGUGGACAUUUCACAUGUGCCUUUUGCUCCUACACAUUCGUUCUGAUCUCCCUAGAAUGCCUAUCAUUCUGUGAUUCUACAGUUUGGAUCCUCUUAACUUUCCUUCCCUCUUUCUUUUCCAUCCCUUCCUUCCCUCUCCCUCCCUUCAUUCCUUUCUUUCUUUUUCUGCUGUUUUAACUUAAGAUAACUUAUUGCAAAAGGAAUAGAGAAAUCUCAGUUAUAAGAGCACAAGUAAAGGAAACCAAGACACAUGAAGGAGACCAUUAUAAAGUGAUAAAUAUUCCUAAAAUCUUAGAUGCAAAAUGCUUUUGAUCUUGGCUUGAUCCUGAAUGAUAUUGUUUGGUUUGAUUAUUAUAUAUAAAAAAAUUUAAUGUUCAUUUAUUUGGGGGGGGGGGUGCAGAGAGGGAGGGAGACACAGAAUCCAAAACAGGCUCCAGGCUCCAAGCUGUCAGCACAGAGCCCGACGCAGGGCUCCGAACUCAGGAACCGUGAGAUCAUGACCUGAGCUGAAGUCAGACGUUCAACUGACUGAGCCAUCUAGGCGCCCCUGGUUUGAUUAUUGUAGUCAGAUUUGGAUAACCCUGUUGUGGCCUCAGAUAUUGGGCACUUGCGGCAGAAUUUCAGUAGAAGCCAGAGAAUCCAUAUCCUCCAUAGCACCACGGGUGGAAGCAGCCGUAUCUGUAGCCUCCCCAGCCACAGCCAUAGCUCAGGCCUCCAUAUUAGCUGCCGUAGUAGCUCAUCGUAUCAGGGAUGUUGAGUUUGGUUGGUUAUUCAAGGCAAGAUCCUGAGUGUGAGUUUCAGCAUGUGUAGAGGGAUGCUUAUAGACCUGGGUCAGAGCAUGUGAUAAAUCAUGUGUAUAUCUUUUUGUGUCAUUUUUAAAUUACCUACUUGAUAUUCAUUCGAUGUCCCCUGAUACAGGGUAGAUCCUCUUCAUUUCCAUUUUUGGGUGGGGUAGAAUAGUUAUUUUAGAAAGAGAGAGGUUCCAGUCUCCAGAACCUACGUUGGAGUUGCUUUUUUCAAGAUAGUGUUUUGUGUGUUGGACAUUUCCUGAGCUGUGCCUUCCCCUCUCUCUUCUUUUGAUAGUCGUUCUCUAGGCCAAGAGAGAUCUUACACCCAGCAUUGAUGGUCUAAACAUUCCCAGUGCUGGCUGCUCUGAGGAGGAGUGCACAUGGCUGCUGUGGUUUCCUGGGACAGGAAUUAAACUGGCACCUGACAAGACAGGAGCAAGACAUGACAUGACAUGUCUGAGAAGACAGAAGAUUAAGUUAAAUCUCUUGAGCAGAUCUAGGGAGCCCAAGCUGUACCUUGAAAGUGCUUCUGGAUCCUUCAGCCUGGCCAGGAACAGGAAACUUCGGAGCUUAAACUUUUUUCUUAAUGUUUAUUUAGUUUUGAGAAAGAGCGUGAGCAGGGCAGAGUGAGGGGGGACAGAGGAUCCAAAGCGGGAUUUGUGCUGAGAGCCGAGAGCCGGACACGAGGAUCAAACCCACAAACUGUGAGGUCAUGACUGGAGCUGAAGUUGGAUGCUUAACCGACUGAGCCACCCAGGUGCCCCGGGAACUUUGGAGUUUUCAAGCUAUACAAGCAUCCAUUGGAUUCGUUUAGUCUGCUCUGUUUAUUCCCUUGACCUUGCUCUUGGCCCUGCUAAGGAGUCUACAGUGUGGUGGCCAGUCCCUGGAAGUGAUCAGGUUAACAUGCCCACUCAGCUGGAGAUUGCCAUGAACAUCAUGAUUAGAAUCUUCCACCAGUACUCCUGCAAGGAAGGGGACAGAUUCAAGCUCAACAAGGGGGAACUGAAAAUGCUCCUGCAGCAAGAGCUCACGGAAUUCCUCUCGUGCCAGAAGGAUCCCCAGUUGGUUGAUAAGAUAAUGCAGGACCUGGAUGCCAAUAAGGACAACGAAGUGGAUUUUAAUGAAUUCGUGGUCAUGGUGGCAGCUCUGACAGUUGCUUGUAACGAUUACUUUGUGGAACAACUGAAGAAGAAAGGAAAGUAAAGAUAAGUAGUAAGCUGACCUAAGGGCAGAAAUCUAUCCAUAGUUAUUUGCUUCCUGUUCAUCUGCAGUCUUCAGACCUAUAGUUAUAGUAAUGCCAUUAAUAGAAAUAAUAUACAUAUAACUAAUUGCUAGCAUUAUUAAAUGGUGUGUACCUGAAUAUAUUGAUUUAAAUAUUCCAAAUCUUAUAGGCCCUGCUCGAAAUCUUCCUGUCCCAUUAAGGACGUUGUAUGCCUUUUUGUGUCUGUCAAAGAGCAAGCGUCACAAAAUUUCACCACUUCCAAAUGAGACGAAAGCUUAGCACACUUCUAAGAGACACUUCUCACCCUGAAAUUGUAUCUGGAACUUCUUAUCCCAUGAAUGAAAAGAGGUGGCUCUCCCACCCUCUGGUGAUUCUGCUUCACAUGGAAGAAGCUGCGCAGGUCUGUAAGCAGAAAGGCUGAUAAACAGAAGGGCUGGCUUUGUCAGUGAGAUAGGUCAGGAGAGGGCGCCAUAUUCAGAGCUAGGUAUUCAAGCCACAAGAGCUGAAGCCAGCAGCUCUUGAAGGCUGGUGUAUAAGUACCUUCCUUUGCUCCUUGGGUCCCCUAAUUCUGGGGCACGUAUUUUACACCACUUCCCAGGGCUUCCCCUGGGGCUAAGCUUCAGUUGCCUGCCCUGGGAGGCUGCCUUGAUAUCACACCGUCUCUGGCCUACCUCCUUUUCUUUGUCUCACCACACACGCCCACCCUGUGUCUCUGCCCCUCUCAAAUAGCUGACUCGCAUGCAAAUCCUUGACUCACCAUCUGCCCGGGGCAACCUAGACUGUGGCAGAUCCCUCGGAGAAUUUUAGAAAGAAAAUGGUGGGUUGUGCAUGGAAACACUUACCCUGGCUGCCGUUUGAAGAAAGGGCUAUAGAGAGGGCCAGUGUGGAAGAGAGAGACUAGUUAGGAGGCCGUUCUUUGUUCUGAGUGAGAGACGAUGGUGUCCCAGGCCAGGAUUCGAGCAAUGGAGAUCAAUUUGUUAAGUGUUUUGGAUGUGGAAGUGGUAGGACGUGCCAAUGGACUGGUGAGGAAGGGUCAGAAAAGAGAGCACCACAGGGCAAUAGAGCACUCACUGCUCUUGCCCAUCCUAUGAAUGUUCUCCCUUUCUUCCAUGUAUUAGGGCCCUGAUUUGUGUGGGCUAGUAAUCAAUGUGCCCAGCUAAAAAAGCUGUAUUUCCCAGUCUCCCUUGCAGCUGAGGUGGAGCUUGUAACACAGUUCUGGACAAUGGGACGCAAGCAGAAGUCUCCUGGGAAUUUUGCUAUUUCCAUACAGGUCCUAUACCUUCACCUUGUUAAUUUGUUCCUUGUCUUUCCGUUGGAAUGUAGAUGUGAGGCUGGAAGUGAGGCUGCCAGCUUGCAACCAUGAGGAUAGUGAAGAAAAAGAUAGAAGGAGUUGGGACAUUGUGGUCAUUGAGGAGGCACGGCACAGCCCUGGUCUGCCUGUGUCUGGUCCUCCUGUUGUGUGAAAAAAGAAUGACUGUUCUCUGGUUAAGCCGAAUUCUGUACAUGGAGCCAAACAUAGUCUCUAAUGUUUAGAUUUUUGGUCAAGCAAAUGAUGCGAUUUACUAAAUGGGAAAGACUGAGAGAGGAACAGCUUUAGUGUGGGGACAUUGGGGAGAAUAGCUCCAUGUAUUUAUUUAUUUUUAUUUUAUUUUAUUUAUUUUAUUUUUUUUUCAAUAUAUGAAAUUUAUUGUCAAAUUGGUUUCCAUACAACACCCAGUGCUCAUCCCAAAAGGUGCCCUCCUCAAUACCCAUCACCCACCCUCCCCUCCCUCACACCCAAAUAGCUCCAUUUAAAAUGCCUACUGGACAUCUAAGUGGAGAUAUUACAUGGGCAGUUGGAUAGAUGAUCCAGUCCAGAGCUCAGGGUAAGGAGUGGAAUUAGAGAUCCACAUUUGGAAGUCAUUAGCAUCUAGAUGAUACUAAGCCAUGGGCCUAGAGAUCCCUUAGGAUGAGAAUGUAGGGAGGGAAGAAGAGAUAUCCAACAGUUAGCUGUCAGGAAAAAGAGAAACCAGCAAAUCAUACAGCAGAGGCAUGGCCAGGAAGACAGAAGGAAAACCAGGAGAGUAUGGUGCCUCAGAAGACUGGAGAAGAAAGUAUCUGAAGAAGGAAAGAGGGCAAAUCCACUGAGAGGAGAAGUUAAGAUGACAGGAGAACUAGCCAUUACAUUUGCAUUGGUAGAGAUGAUCGAAGACAUCAAUGACCCUGGUGAGAGUGAUUUUGCUUGCAAAAGUAUCUAUGUCCCAGUCCGGCAGACAGUAGACACUCAAUAAAUAUCUGUUAAGUAAAUGAAAGAAACUGCCAACUGAUGAUUUUCUAGUGCUAGGACCUGUCAUUAUUUUUUCUUUAAAUAGAAAAGUAGUUGGGGCGCCUGGGUGGCCCAGUCGGUUAAACAUCCUACUCUUGAUUUUGGCUCAGGUCAUGAUCUCACAGUUUGUGGGAUCGAGCCCCAGGUCAGACUCUGCACAAAUAGCAAGGACCCCUUGCUUGGGAUUCUCACUUUCCCUCUCUCUGCCCCUCCCCCACUUGCACGCAUGCAUGUGCGCGCGCUCUCCCUCUCUCUCUCUCUCAAAAAUAGAUAAACAUUAAAAAAUAAAUAAAUAGAAGGGGUGUCCAGGUCCUCAGUCAGUUAAGUCUCCGACUUUGGGCUCAGGUCACGGUCUCACGGUUUGUGGGUUCAAGCCCCUCAUUGGGCUUUGCGCUGACGAUGUGGAGCCUUCUUGGGAUUUUCUCUUUCUCCUUUUUUUCUCUGUACCUCCCCUACUUGGUCCCUCUCUUUCAAAAUAAAUAAAUAAACUUAAAAAAAAAAGAAUAAUGUUUUUGUCUCUCACAAACCAGUUCUGAGCAGACAGGACAGGGAGAAUUUAGAUGUCAGAGCAUUCAAGAGAAGAAAUGUACACUCUUAGUAUUGGCUCCUGUCUCUCAAAAGGUUGGGGAAAAAUGAGAAGGAAAAAAGUGCACCACAUAUUUCAGAGGGGCUCAGACUUUGUUCUUAGAAGAUGGUACACUACUUACGCAAGAGAAGGUCUGAAUAUUUCUCAGGGGCUUUUAAACAUUUCAUUUUAAUUUGGUUUGAAGUUUACAAUCCUAAGAUGGGUCACCAAAACAUGAAAAGUAAAUCCAAACUUUUCCUCACAUCCAAUUCAAGAAAGGAUGUUCUCAACAUAGAGAAAUAAAUGAAGAAACAAUGUUCAUUUCAUGCUCUUUCUAAAAAUUGAUUAAAAAUAAGGAAAAGCAAUUUAUGUGUCAAAUUAGAUUUCAAGUGCAUAAGAUUACUUGAUGCAGCAAAAGCUCUUUCCUAGUGAAGGCCAGGGUGGGCUUUCUCUUGUGUGUGUGUUAGGUAUGUGCAGUACAUUUGUAGGAGGCAAAACUGAUCAUUUCUUCUGCCUGUAGGCACUGGCUUUUGCAUUUGUGGCCGUUUAAAUCAACUUUAAACAAUAUUCCAGGGUUGUCUCUGCAUUAGUACAUUCUCAUGUUUAACAUUUACCCAGUGUGGUUAUUAGAAGACAAGGUUUAUGGGAGACAGCAGCCUAGGUCUCUUUGGGGCCCUGAGUUUGAGAUGUGGCCAGCAAUACAAAUAGCUAGAAAGCAAACAAGCAAACAAACAAAAAACAACCAAAAGUAAAACAAAAACAAAACAAAAAAACGUACAAAAUACCCCAAAACCUUAAGUUUUAAUUUAAAACA